CUUAAGGUUCAAGCUUCAAUGGGCAGUAAAGCCAUUUUCAGUCUUGUCCUCAUAUUAGUUAUUUCAGGUAAUUUUGUGCAAUCUGAUUUAACCUUCAACUUUGACAAUGAAUGCUCAUUCUCAGUGUGGCUAUCAGCCAGUCCUUCCAUUGGCGAUGGUGAUCCCGAGAGGGGGCCAGGCACAUUGGAAAUAUUCUCCAUGCCAGAUCCUUGGACUGGUAGCCUCUGGUUACGGACGAAAUGCUCGUACGAUGCUUCCCAAGUUAAUUUCACUUGCGAGACCGGAGACUGCGGGUCUGGCUCGGUCGAUUGCCAAUCUCCACCACCAAAACCACCAGUGACACUCCUGAAUUUCGACAUUAACCAGAAUGUGGUCUCUUACGAAGUGAGCCUGAACCAUGGGUUCAAUGUGCCAGUCCGAAUUCAACCGAUUGGUGGCACGUUGGCUGGAGGGUCCGGAGUGUGCCCCGUAGUUGACUGCAUCAAGGAUAUGGGAGAUGUGUGCCCUCCAUCCUUGGUGGCUAUAAACAAAAAUCGAGCCUAUGUGGGAUGCAAUAGUCCAUGUGAUGCGUUGAAAGAUCCCAAAUAUUGUUGCACCGGAAGCUUUACGGGGCAGGCUUGCCAGCCUAAUGACUUCUCAAAAAGAUUUAAGGAACUUUGUCAGUUGGCACAUACAUAUCCGGGAGACAACGAUCCUCCAAUAUACAAAUGCCGUGGGGCAAGUGCUUACAAUGUUACAUUCUGUCCUUUAUAACUC